UUGAAAUGAUACGUAACUUGAAGCAGAAAGUAAUGCCUCAUUCACAGCCUGAUGAUGCAUGGAAAAGAACCAGCAGAUGAAGCUGAUACGAAAGGCAUCAUGUAAAUGUUGGCGAUCUGCAGCGCUUUUAUGGCGUCUGAGACACAGGACUAAUUGUGUCCUCUGGUGAAGAUGGAUUUGCAUGCUUUAACUUAUGCAGCGUGACUCGCCUUGCUCUCGUACACUAACUCUGACACACACACACUCACUUUCAACCCCCUUCUGUUGAGCUCGCACGCUCUUACAAUUGAAACAGACCUCGUGUAUUUCCUCCUUUUCAAGAAAAUGCCAACAGGUGGAGGUUUGAUAGACCGGCCCAGACGCCAGAUCGCACAGAGCAGAAAAAAGUCCGAAUGAAAUUUGCUGGAGCAUGUGACCUGAACGGCCCAAUGACACUCGGAUGCUUUUUUUUUUUUUUUAGUUGUGGGGAACGGUUAAACUUGUCGUCUGGCUAAGGGAGAAGCUUUUUCUGUGGGCCGCCACAACCACAAACCAAGUCUGCGACCGGUCACGGCUCUCUAGGCACUAGAGAUCUGCGAGAUAAAGAUAGACGAAAGGGACUGAAGAGCACGAGGGGGGAGGGAGAUGCGUGUUGAUGUCAUCGUGUGAAACAGACAAUUCGCCGGAAAAACCACAGCGACACGUUUGCGCUCCUGCUCUUUUGCUCAAGGGGCAAAACGGGGAGCCCUUCAAAAUUCGGGAGCAGAUCAAGUUGGAAGCGUUGGAUUCGGACGAAGACGAGGAGAUGGCCUCCAACAGCAUCUUCGAAAGCUUCUCGUCGUACCAGUCGUGCUUCUCCAGGGAACCUGCGCCUGGGCGACGCUUCACGCCUCCCUCGACGACCCUGAGCUCGGGGAAGAUGAACGAGGGUUUGCCUCUGGGCGCUCAGGAGAGCAGUGGCGCCGCCCUGGUGGGGAAACUGCGCAUGGCUGACCGGAGCAUGGUGGAGGUGCUCUCAGACCACCCAGGAGAACUGGUGCGCACCGACAGCCCAAACUUCCUCUGCUCCGUCCUGCCGACACACUGGCGCUGCAACAAGACCCUGCCCAUCGCUUUCAAGGUGGUUGCCCUCGGCGACAUCCCUGACGGCACGCUGGUCACUGUGAUGGCCGGAAACGACGAGAACUAUUCUGCCGAGCUUCGAAACGCCACGGCCGCCAUCAAGAACCAAGUGGCCCGUUUCAACGACCUGCGUUUCGUGGGCCGCAGCGGACGAGGGAAGAGUUUCACGCUCACCAUCACGGUCUUCACAAACCCUCCUCAAGUGGCCACGUAUCAGAGAGCCAUAAAGAUCACGGUGGACGGGCCCCGAGAACCACGCCGCCACCGACAGAAGCCGGAUGAAGCGGUAAAGCCCGGCGCGUUAGCUUUCUCUGAGCAGUUGAGGCGAAGUGCCAUGCGCUGCAGUCCACACCAUGGCCCCGCCCCCCGCCCCGCCCUGACCACGCCCCCUUUCAGCAGCCCCGCCCACAGCCAGGUCCCCGAUUCAAGGCAGAUGCAGACGUCUCCGUCCUGGUCGUACGAGCAGUCGUACCCGUACCUGGGCCCGAUCUCCACCCCGACGGUCCACCCCACGACCCCCAUCUCACCCAGCCGCAACGCCAUACACUGUCCCGACCUGACGGCGUUCACUGAUCCUCGCGUCGGCCUUGAUCGCUCCUUCCCCUCGCUCCCCUCUCUACCGGACGGGCGUUUCACGGACCCACGCGUGCCGUACCCGACCGGGCCGUUCACCUACACCCCCACCCCCGUCACCAACGCCAUCGGCAUCAGCAUGUCGGCCAUGACGAGCCCCGCGGGACGCUACCACACGUACCUCCCGCCGGCGUACCCCGCGGGCUCCUCGCAGGCUCAGGCGGGACCGUUCCAGGCCGGCUCGUCCCCGUAUCACCUGUACUACAGCAGCGCCGCCGGAUCCUACCAGUUCUCCAUGAUGCCGGGAGGAGAGCGUUCGCCGCCGCGGAUCUUACCGCCGUGCACCAACGCCUCCACAGGCUCCGCCCUCCUGCACCCGUCGCUGCCCAAUCAGAGCGACGGCGUGGUCGAGGCCGAGGGAAGCCACAGCAGUUCGCCGACUAGCAUGUCGGUCGAAGCCGUCUGGAGGCCGUAUUGACGUGUAACACAAGUUCUCUAGAUGUUACAGAUAUCUGACGCGUACGGAUGGCCGUGUGGACGUUUGAAGGACAGUCGGUUUGACCAAUAGGAUGCGGGCAGCUGAACGACGAGGUUUCUGAUCAUUUGAACAUUUGAGUCAAAGGACGGAUUUUAUCACAGCACAGCAUGAGACUCGCUUGUUUGUUUGUUUUCAAAGUGGAUAGUUUGUAUUAUUAUUAUUAUUAUAUUAUUAAAAUUAUUGUUGUUGUUAUUAUUAUUACUGUUGUUCGUCUCAUCAUCACUGUACUUUUAUCAGCCGUCCAGCAUUGUGUUUCAUGUCUAACACACUCUACGCAAGUGUUUAAAUGCAUUUCGCUAAAGAAAAUAUCACUUUCAGCCAUCUAUCGAUUGCAAAACUACUUUGCAUUAAAAAAAGAAUCAUAUGCCAUAAAUUAAAAUAAGUCUUUUUUUUUUGUACUGUAAUGAUUACUUGUUCUGUUCGCUUUUUGACAAUAAUUAAAUAUUUAAAUAAAUAUGGGUUCAGACACUUAAUAAAAAUAGUAUCAUCUGAUACUCAGUUUUGCAUUCAGGAAGCUGAUGUAAAACAUCCUAAAUAACUAUAUGCAUAAUGCCAGAAAUUAAAUUUAUGCAUUUUAUGUUUUGUAUUGGUUGCUUAU